AAGUUAAACUGUAUGUGCUUCAUUCGCCACUGAGGAGCUUUUCAUAGGAAUAAAUCCAGUUCUGUGUAAAGCUCCACGGUCACGUCACAGUGUUCACUGAGUCUCAGAGAGAAAGAAAGGAACAAGAAUGAGAGAAAGUACAUAAGAUAACGACCAAUGGGAGACAAGGACGCUGAGACAUUUGGGUAUGCACGCUGGAUUUAGCUGAGUGACAUUUCAAGUGUCAAUAGAAGCGGACGUACAGAGGCAGCACAGCAGCAGCAUGAGCUCACUGCACAGACAGCUGAGUCAGCUGCUCGGAGCAUGGAGGAGGAAGAGGAGGGUGGAGGUUUCUCUGUACACUGCCACUGGUUUCCACUACAGGACCUUCUGCUCCACCACCUCAGGACCAGCAGAUCCCCUUGAGAUCCACAAGAAGAAGGUCAUCCUGUGGUUCAGCCACCUUCCUCAGGAGGAGAAACAGUUUGGAGGUUACUUCAGCCCAGAGACCAUGCAUGUGGAUCCACUGAUCCUGGAGAGAGAGGCAGAGGAGAGGGCAGGACAGCUCAGUUGCUCUCUCCAGACCCAGACCCCCUCCAGCCCCUCUGUGACGGUGGAACAGCUGUUUGAGCCCAGCGAUGCCUGGAGUGAGGGCCGGGGGCCCAACGUGCUGAUGUAUGGAGCUGUGGGAACUGGGAAAAGCACAGCGGUCCGGAAGCUGGUGCUGGACUGGUGCGCUGGCAGAACCCUGACCCAGUUCAAGUUGCUGGUUCCUUUCUCUUGUGAGGACCUCGGACAACUGUCAAAGGUGGUUUCCUUAAGGGACCUGGUGAGCAGGAAGUACCUCCACCUUAAAAAAAACCCCUUGUUGAGUGGGGAGGGAAACCAGGCCAAGGACGUGCUCUUCGUCUUCAACGGGAUGGAGAAGAUGAAUCUGGAUUUCAGAAUUGGAGCCACGGAGCUUUGCAGUGAUCCUGAUGAGGCGCUGCCUCCAGGUGUGGUGGUGGUCAACCUGCUGAGGAAAUACCUCCUGCCUGAGGCCAGCAUCUUGGUGACCACCAGACUGUCUGCCCUGGACCGUAUCCCCCAGAAGUAUGUGAGUCGCUAUGCACAGAUCUGUGGCUUCAACGACCCGGACCGCCAGCGGGCCUACUUCAGCAGCCGCCUGUUGCAGCAGUGCGGAGAGACGGGCCAGAACCACGAGGCCCACACUCUCAUAGAGCUGCUGUACCUCAACCUCCAGAGAGAAAGCCAGCUGGCUGCAGCCUGCUUCCUGCCCUCCUACUGCUGGCUCACAUGCGCCACCUUACACUUCCUCCAUUUCACCGACGCCAAGGCGCCCAUCCGCACGCUGACCGGCAUUUACACCAGUUUCCUCCGGCUGAACUUUGGCGGUGAGGUGCUCGGCACGGGAGAGGGAUCCAAUGUGACCAUUCAGGAGCACCACAGCUCUCUGAUGCUGUACGUGGUCCGUACGGUUGGGAAACUCGCGUUCGACGGCGUGACGAACAAACGCAUGUCGUUCUCGGAAAAGGAGCUGGAGCAGUGGAUCGGAGGCGAGACCAAGACGGACGAGGAGCUACGUCAGCUGGCCAUGUUCCGGACCGACGUGCUCGACUUCUUCUUGGCUCCCAGUGUGGAAAGCGGCAAGCAUUUAGCAGAAGAUCCCAGUGAGAAUGAUACGAAGCGGUACGUGUUUGCUGUCCCGGCUAUGCAGGAGUACCUGGCGGCUCUCUACGUGGUUCUAGGAGAGAACAAAUCAGCUCUGGAGAAGCUGACCACUCAGGUGUCUGCGGCCAUUGGUCAGGCGAGUGAGGAUGUCAACGCCCUCGUCAGCAUCCUCUCGAAGUUCAUCCCCCUCCGAAUAUUUGCCAUAUUCAACCUCCUUAAGCUUUUUCCAAAGCUCUACGAGAAAAUCAGCAGUCGCAACAAAAGCAGCAUUGCCAGAACCAUGGCGGCUGAGAUGUUCCGCACUGAGGACAGCUACAACGAGGACGUCCUGGACCAGGUGGAGCAAAACCUCCUGGGAGUCCACGGCCCGCAACCGGAGCAGUGCAGUGAGAGCCAGCCUUUCGAGCUCUUCCCCAUCUUCAUGGGUGGACUGUUGCAUUAUGGCAACCGUGUCCUUCUCCAGCAACUUGGGUGCAGCAUUCAGAGCACCACCGUGGCCCAGAUCACACAAGCCCUCAGGAAGUACCUCGUCAGAGAGCUCAGCAAGCCACAGCCGCCAGAGGAGCUGAUGGAUCUACUGGUCCUUCUGUAUGAGUUUCAGAACCCCAGAGUGACUGCAGAGGUUCUGGCCUCGAUCAGAACCAUCAACCUCACCAACAUCCGUAUGACACCACUCAAGUGCUUUGUACUGAGUUCUGUGCUCUCGUGCACACCUGCAAGUUAUCACCUUGAAGAGAUGGACCUGUCCUCCUGCCUCCUGACUCACAACAUGCUUCAGAUGCUGUGGCCGGCCUUCAGACACACACACAACCUCAAUCUGCAGUUUAACAGCCUGGGUCCUGAGUCCUGCGUCCUCCUGAGAGAUCUGCUGCUCGACCCCAUGAGCUCUAUUAGAUCUCUACAGUAAGACCACACCUUUAUUCAUGUCUUUACUUUGAUCUCUCAGUGGCUCCAGGGGGAAUUCAUUCCAUCAGCGCGGUGUCGUUUCGUGUAUGGAGUGACAUUAUUUUAACAAAUGCAUGUGUAUCAGACAGCUGUGUCUGUCUGAAACAACCUGCUUCAGCCUCCAGACUGUGGAAACGAAGCUCAGAGGAGAUUCCCUCUCACCUCCAUCGUAGCUAACUUCAGGGUUUAAACUGUCUGGUUUAACCGCUGCUGGUAAACUAGACUCAGUGCACCUGCCUGACACACAAAAAACAAAAUCUCAGCAUUCACAGAAGACACUGUACAACUUUGGUGGUGCGAAACAUGACGAGCAAAAUCAGCCUCCUGCUCCUUUCAGCCAGCAGAAAGCUUUUAUUGUGAAGCAGCUGGAGGGAAUGCUGAUUAGUAAAGCUUUGUUUAAGGAUAGUUUAUCUUAGGAUCACACAAUGAAAUGCAACUCUCGUCCCUUUUGCUUCACAAGCAAAGCAAAAGACAGAGACAUCAAUUGUGUUCGUUCAAUAAAAAGAGAACAUAUGGACAUAUGCAGCACUAGGGAGGAGCUUUAAACAUUACAAAGAAAAGAAUGUCCAGUUAGAUGAGCAGCAGCACACCUCCAACACGGAAGCAGUGUUGACAUUUACCUUCACCAAGACAUCCAAACCUAGUAAAUGGUCCAAAACACAACGGGCCUCAUCCGAGAACAUGUUAUUAUCUCAACUUUCUCUUUUUUCAUAUAAGAAAGUAAAUCACUGACGAACGAAUGUGUGUUCAUACGAGUUGUUCUAGCAUGAGGCCCAACAAGUG